AUGAACUUGGAAGGGGUCGAUGACGAAGUCAGAUGCCGCGCUUUCCCGGUCACCCUAGCAGGCCUGGUGAUACGUUGGUUCAACGGCCUCCCUCAAGGCUCUAUAACGACCUUCGGGGACAUCACCCGAGCCUUCCUAGCCCAAUUUACUACCCGCAUUGCGAAAGCGAAACACCCGAUCAACCUUCUCGGGAUAACACAAAGAGCCAGAGAGUCGACCAGGAAAUACCUGGACAGGUUCAAUGACGAGUGCUUGAAGAUCGAUAGUCUAAUCGACUCGGUGGCCAGUUUAUGUUUGAUGACCGGGUUGCUAAAUGAGGAUUUCAGGAAGCAUCUUGCCACCAAGUCCGUGUGGACGAUGCAAGAAAUCCAAAACGUGGCAAGGGAGUAUAUCAAUGAUGAAGAAGUCAGCCAGGUUGUGGCGGCCGACAAGCGGUAG